UGUUUCGUUUUCGAGAUUUACGGGAGAAUUAUCCGAAUUAAUCUGCUCUUAUCCAUUAAAGUUUGCAUUUUUCUUCUAUAAACCCAGAAACGUGAAGUUUUUUCUUUUUACAUUUUCUCCUCGACCUGCGAUCAACAACAAUGGCGGAUUCGGUUCUUCCUCAGGAUUCUCUUUUCCUCGGCUUCGAUAGCUCUACUCAGUCUUUGAAGGCAACUGUCUUGGACUCCAAUCUGAACAUUGUCAAGACAGAACUUGUUCACUUCGAUUCUGAUCUGCCUCAUUACAAAACCAAAGAUGGGGUUUAUCGGGACACAUCCGUGAAUGGACGAAUUGUGUCGCCCACAUUGAUGUGGGUUGAGGCUUUGGACCUCAUUCUCGAGAGGCUCUCGAAGGCAAAUUUCGAUUUCGGGAAAGUUUCUGCAGUUUCCGGGAGUGGACAGCAACACGGCAGUGUGUAUUGGAAGGGUGGCAGUUCUAACAUAUUGAGAUCCUUGGACUCGAAGAGAUUGUUAAAGGAUCAAUUGGGCGAUGCCUUCUCGGUCAAAGAAUCACCGAUAUGGAUGGAUAGUAGCACCACAGUGCAAUGCAAAGAGAUUGAGAAUGCUGUGGGAGGAGCCUUGGAAUUGUCAAAGAUCACUGGCUCCCGAGCUUAUGAACGGUAUACUGGACCACAGAUACGGAAGAUUUUUGCCACGCAGCCCGACACUUAUAAGAAUACAGACCGGAUUUCUCUUGUUAGCUCCUUCAUGGCAUCGAUUUUAAUUGGAGAUUAUGCUCCUAUUGAUGAAACUGAUGGUGCCGGGAUGAAUUUGAUGGAUAUAAAGCAACGAUGCUGGUCCAGAGUUGCUUUAGAGGCUACAGCUCCAGGUUUGGAGGAAAAACUCGGAAAACUAGCCCCAGCUCAUGCCAUUGCUGGUCCCAUUUCCAAGUAUUUUGUUGAGAGGUUUCGGUUUGACAAGAACUGCGUGGUCGUGCAGUGGUCAGGGGACAAUCCUAACAGUUUGGCAGGUUUGACUCUCAGUACUCCGGGUGAUCUAGCAAUUAGUCUCGGAACCAGUGACACAGUCUUUGGGAUUACCAAAGAACAUCAACCUUCUCUUGAAGGGCAUGUUUUCCCUAAUCCAGUCGACCCCGAGAGUUAUAUGGUGAUGCUGGUCUACAAGAACGCUUCUCUCACUCGAGAAGAUAUUCGCGACCAUUGCGCAGAGAAAUCUUGGGAUGUGUUCAAUAAGCUCUUGAAGCAAACACCGCCACUGAAUGAUGGGAAGCUCGGUUUUUAUUAUACCGAGAAUGAGAUCGUCCCUCCUCUUCCGGUCGGUACCCAUCGGUAUGUUCUUGAAAACUUUUCUGGUGAAACUCUUGAGGGCGUUAAGGAACACGAAGUCACUGAGUUCGACCCUGCAUCUGAGGUUCGGGCAUUGAUUGAAGGGCAAUUCCUCUCGAAGAGGGCUCACACUGAGAGAUUCGGUAUGCCUUCCCCUCCAAUCCGAAUCAUAGCAACUGGUGGAGCAUCAGCUAACGAAAACAUCCUCAGUCUGAUCUCUGCAAUCUUUGGAUGCGAUGUAUAUACUGUCCAAAGGCCCGAUUCGGCUUCACUUGGAGCUGCGGUGAGAGCUGCUCAUGGAUGGCUCUGCAACAAGAACGGAAGCUUCGUGCCCAUUUCGUGUCUCUACGAGGGAAAGGUGGAGAAGACGGCUCUGAGCUGCAAGCUUAAGGUGAAAUCCGGAGAUCAGAGUAUGGUUUCUAAGUACAGUCUGUUCAUGAAGAAGAGGAUGGAGAUAGAGAACAGGCUCGUCGAGAAUUUAGGCCAUUUCUGAAAAAAACUUGGAUCGAAAUGGAAUAAAGAUGGCGUAAAACGUUUUUUUUCAGCUGUUUCAACAGAUUAGUUGCUACCUACAUUGUCGAAAACAACUUCAAAGUUGAAAACUUUACGGCCAAACUGAGAAGUAGAAGGCAAUCCAAAGGGGGUGGAAUA